AUGUGCAUCGACUCCGAUGAGCAGGCGCUGGCGGUGGAGGAGUACAUCCGGAUCGUGGCGCGCGUGGUGCGGAAGCAGGCGAGCGGCCCGGCGCGGCUGGUGCUGCUGCGGGCGGCGGCCGACGCGCUGGCCGGCUGGCUGCACGUGCGGGCGCUGCCGCGCGCGCGCGCCGCCUUCUACGCGGGGCACAUCUCCUACGAGCCGGCGCGCCGCCUGCACUCGCUGCUCGAGGAGAUGCGCUGCCUGCUGCGCUCCGACGGGCAGUUCUGGCGGCCGGCCGAGCACGUGCGUCCCGUCACCGGCGCCAGGGCGAAGCGCCGGCGCAGGUCCGACGACAUACCGGAGGGCUGCUCGAGCCUGCUGGUGCGCGGCAGCGGCAAGGACGUGCGGGUGCCGCUGCCCUUCCUGGACAACCCGACGAGCCCGGCGGUGCUGGCUCUGCCCGUGAAGGGCCGGGUGCUGGUCCGCCUGGACGACCCGGGCGCCGAGUCGCUGCUGGUGCACUUCCACGACGCGGCCGAGGCCUGCCUCGCCGGCACGCCGCAGGCGCAGCAGUUCCACGAGGACGUGCGUACACUGCCGCUGCGAUCCAAUCGCAGGCCAAUAUACACUAUGCAGAGCUGGCUGCGGCAGGAGGUGUCGCCCCUGCUGAUGGGCGAGCACUGGUACCCGGCGCUGGGCGGCGCCGCGGCGCUCAUGGACGGCUCGCGGGGCGCGGGCGGCGCGGGGGGCGGCGGCCCGGAGGCGGCGGCGGCGGCGGCGGCGCGCAAGCGGCUGGACACGUGGCGCCACGCAGAGCCGGCGGCGGCGGUCGCGGGCCCGCCCCCGGCACAGCUGCCCGUCACCGGCGACGCCGGGGGCGGCCUGGCCAGGUUCUUCCACUCCCUCUCCUCCUGGGAGCUGGCCGCGCUGCUCGUCGCCUCCGCGCUGCUCGUCUGGCUCAAGGUGGCGUUCUGCUACGUGAUCGCCAACUGCUUCCGGCGGCGGAAGAAGCAGGCGGGGGCGGUGACGCCCGGGGGACCACCGGGGGCGGCCGCCGGCGAAGGGGGCGUCGCUUCCAGGCGCUCCUCCGCCUCCUCCAGCUCCAGCAGCAGCGGACGCGCCAGCAUCCUCAGCGCUCUCGUCUCCGUGCUGGGAGGCGCCGUCAGUCCACAGGAGCAGGCGGUGGCGCACCGAGCCUCGGGGCCGGCGAGGAGCGCCAGCCAGCAGCGGAGGGGUCGCCAGUCGUCGUCGGGCUCCCGCAGCCGGUCGUCGACGUCGCUGUCGCAGCCGUCGGUGCUGGAAGCGCGCCAGACCAGCCAGUGA